GGGAAGAAAUCCUCUUCCUGCUAACAACUUCAACGCGGGAGCACCAGACAUCUGCAAAGAACCUAAUUUCGGAAGGCUUUAAAAAACAAUAACUUUUGGGAACAACGCUCAAUAAGGGAGAAAGAAGAAGCAAUGGCAGCCGAAAGUAUUGUCAAGCAGUUCUGUGAGGAAACAACUUGUUCCGUGUGCCUGGAACACUUCAAAGAGCCAGUGACAGUUGAAUGUGGGCACAAUUUCUGCCAGGCCUGCAUCACCCAGUGCUGGGAGGAGAUGGACACAGGAGCUUCUUGCCCUCAGUGCAGAGAAAUGUUCCAGCAAAAAACUCUCAGGCCAAACUGGCAGCUGGCAAACCUUGUGGAACUUGUCAAGAAACUUCAGCAAGGAAAAGAAGCAGAGGGGAAGUGGAGAAUGUGCGAGCGGCACCAGGAGCCCCUGAAACUCUUCUGCAAUGAUGAUCAAGCCCCCAUCUGUAUGGUGUGUGACAGAUCCAUGGAGCACCGAAAUCACAGAGUCCUCCCUAUAGAGGAGGCUUUCCUAGAGUAUAAGAAAGAGGUCCUGGUUCAGCUUCAGUCUCUGGAGCAAGAGAGAGAAAAGCUUCUGGAACAGAAAGUGGCGGAGAACCAGAGAAGCCAGAAAUUUUUGGCACAAUUGGAAGAAGAGAAACAGAAGACCAAGUCAGCCUUUCAAAGGAUGCACAAUUUUCUUGAACAACAAGAGCACCUGAGACUGUCUCAGCUGAAAGAGCUGGAAGAAGAGAUGGAGAAGGACAAAGAAAACCUCUCCAGAUUAUCUGAGGAAAUCUCUGAUCUAAAUCACCUGAUCAAAGAGAUGGAGGGGAAAUUGCAGCAGCCUGAAAACAAAUUUAUGCAGGAUCCCAAAACUAUAUUGAGCAGAUAUGAGAAGAAGCCAAAAAGGCAGCGAUUGGAACUUCCUCCAAGACUGGAACAGACUAUCAGGAUUUGCUGGGAGCAAACUGCUGGGUUACAGAAGGCUCUGGAAGAAUGUGAAGAGUCUCUGAAGGAAGCACUGCAGGUGCUGAGAAAAGUCUCUCUUAAGGAUGCACUGGUUCAGGCGUGGAGAAAAGUGAAUGUGACUCUGGAUCCAGACACAGCACAUCCCUACCUCGUUCUGUCUAAGGAUCUGAAGAGUGUGACAUGGGGACAGACAGGACAAUACCUGCCCAACAACCCUGCUAGAUUUGAUACCCUACAGAGUGUGCUGGGCCGUGAGAAAUUCACCUCAGGAAGACACUCCUGGGAAGUGGAAGUGGGGAAUGGACAGGCACUCUGGGGUGUGGGUGUUGCUAGAGAGUCUGUCAAGAGAAAGGGAAAUAUCACCCAUAAUCCUGAUGAAGGAUACUGGAUAGUGAAGACAGCAAAAAGGUAUGACCGUUAUUAUGAUCCUCCAUGCUGGAAGAUGACUGCAUUGACUUCCUCUCAGCCAAUUAUUUUGUCUGAUGUCAUUCCCCAAAAGAUACGGGUGUCCCUGGACUAUGAAGAGGGUCAUGUGGAGUUUUUUGUUGCAGAUACAAACAAAAGGCUCUUCGGGUUCCCUUCGUCCUCAUUCUGUGGGGUUGUACUCCAUCCCUAUUUCUUCAUUGCAGAACCAAACACUUUGAAGUGCUGAACCCCAAGGAGAGUGGUUGCCAUGAUGGGUUCCACAACCCUGGACAUAAAGUGACAUUUAAUCAGUUUCUCUGUAUCUGCUGAAGAAACCGGGAAGGAUCUACCAUCUUAAUGGGUUUCUGGUCGAUAGACCACAGAAUCUUUCACUCAUGGGGUAAGAGGGGUGCCAGUGUAUAGAGAUAGCUGUGCUAAUUCACCUCUCCUGCCUUUAAAUUUUCCUCAUGACAGGUGGAAAUACAGGUUUUUUUAAUUAGGCUGGCAAAGAUAUUGUGCCAGAAAUGAUAUGCCUGUAUUUAAACUAUCACAUUUAUCCUCUGGUAUGUUUGUGCAUUUUAAAAAAAUAAUACCAUGAUUAUUUCCAAAUACUUACUCAAUGGGCAGGGUGUAACUAUCUGUUUUGUAUUUAGAUACAUGUUCCUAUAUCAUUCUACCACCUUGCUUCACACUUCAGUGCUUCCGUUAUCUGCAGUCAGGAAUUUGUAUUGACAGCUGUGUGACAUUCUAGGCAAGAGCUUGGAUCCCACAGAAAAUUUCCACAGAUGGAAGGGAAUUCCGUCACUUGAGUGGGCCUUGUUGGCUGUACCCCCCCCCUUUCCACUGCAGCUCUAAAUGUCCUCUAAAAUGCUGUUUCCAGUAGACAGCCCCACUCCCAGGAAUAGUCUGAAAGUGGGAAGAGUCAAAGGCUGGAAGAAGAAAUACCCACCAGUUUACUUCUGUGGAAAUCUUCAGGAUACAGCCCAAAGAGUUUAUGCUCCUGAAAUAUCAGACCUGAAAAAGGGGGGUGGGGGGAGUAAAAGAAGCAGGGUCUUGUUAACAUAUUGCUUUCUUUUAUACAUAAAUGUAGUACUUGGAAAUUAUUUGACUGGCAAUUUUUUCUAACGGGAUAUAAAAUCUCCUUUGGAACUGUUAUCUCUCACAAAUUGUCUUCCUGUUGUGUCUGUCGAGGGGACAGAGCAUUUCCCCCCAGAGGGGAUUGUUCAGGGCCUCCUCAAGGUAUUCUGCCAUCUCAUGUACUGCAGGAUCUGCUGCCUCCCACAGGGCACAUCGGGAUGCACUUCCCACAGCUGUCUUGCCUCCCUCUGGGAAAGGCAGCAUCCUUUCUGGUUGAGACUGAGCCAAUAGAAACCGUUAAUGUGAUAUUCCCUAAUCGGAACAAUUCUUGUUCUGUCUUUGACAUAAAAUACUCACAGCGUAGGCCUCCCUGUCUUGAUGAUGUGGUGCUUUCUUUCAAAAAUGCUUGCAUUGCUGUCCCAUGAUCCCCAGGGAGAGGAUGAACCCAAAAGUUACUGUCAUUGCCACUGCAGAUCACCUUGCGCCUAUGCAAAAGUGGCACCAUUUUCUCCCCACCCCCUCACAAAAAUAUGCGGCUUGGGUAGUGAACCAGCACUGGAUUGACUGGAGCAGAAUUCUGCUUUCUGAUCUUACCAAAUUGUAUAAAAAAAUUUAAACAUUAACUUUUCUGGGUUUCACAAGAAAAACUUUGGGGGUUGGGUUUUGCUGUUAGUAUAUUUUGGUUUAGGAGGUGUGCAUUCAAAUAGAAAUGUUAUGAAAUCCUGAGUUAAAUGAACAAAAAUAGCCCUACAGUUGCACAGGAUACUGACCAGGGGUCUUUCUGGAUGUGGAGGGGUGCUUUAAAUAUAUUGUAUCAGUCCUUUUCCCUUCGUGCCACUCAAAAAUACAUCAGGUGGCUUGCAAAUAUAAAAGACUCAAAUAUAAUUUUGUUGAAGCUCUUUCAAAGC